AUGAAUGCCAAAUAUCAAUCCGGGAAGAUAUCAACCAGCGGUGAUCUCAAGCUGAUUCGAUCGGAUUUGGCAUCCAUCACUAUCUCUCCGCUGAUGUCUGGCAAUGGUUCGAUAAUGAUUAUGAGACCGAAUAUGGAAUGCUCAUGCAAACAGUCUGUCGUCGAAUCUUCAGAGACAACUAUUGCGGAUUCGGAAGGAGCGACACUGGAAAUUAAGAUCCCAUCCGAAGUCGCAAAAAGAAUCAGAAUUGAUAUUAAUGCUGAGAGGAGAAUUAUCUCUGUAUCGUCCUCUGGAAGCUUCGAUAAAUUGUUGAAAGGAGAUGUAAUUUUACGAGUCAAUGAUGAAGAGUGA